GCGGCCGGAAUGUACAGUGCUCCCGGAUACGGGGCGGAGCUUGCCUGGGGCGGUGGAGCCCGGUCAUGGCCCGCCCCGUCUCUCUGAGUCAUCCUUCUCGGACGCGGCUCCGGUUUGGCUCCUCAUGCGGUGGCGGCACUUCUUGUCCGCUGCAGUUUCAGCACAAUCCGGAGCCGUCCAUUUCCUUCCUUUGGAGACGUAAGAAAAAGCAGGAUUCCAUUUACAGAACUGAGUUUUAAAAGGUCUUCCAAAAACCAGGGUGGAAGUUAUGAAAGGACCAAGGCCAGUGGUGUUGAGUGGCCCAUCGGGCGCGGGAAAGAGCACUUUACUGAAGAAACUUCUCAGAGAUUAUGACAACGUCUUUGGAUUCAGCGUCUCCCAUACUACAAGGCAACCGAGACCUGGGGAAGUCAAUGGAAAAGAUUACCACUUUGUGACCAGGGAAGAGAUGCAGAAGGAGGUUGACGCGGGAGAAUUUGUGGAGCACGCCGAGUUUUCGGGCAACAUUUACGGAACGAGCAAAGCCGCCAUCCAGGCUGUGCAAGCUCAGAACCAGAUCUGCAUCCUGGAUAUUGACCUCCAAGGGGUGAGGAACAUCAAGAAGACGGACCUGAACCCCAUCUACAUCUCCGUUCAAGUCCCCUCCAUAGAGAUAUUGGAAAAAAGGUUAAGGGAGAGACAGACGGAGACGGAAGAAAGCUUACAGAAACGGCUACAAGCAGCUGCCACUGACAUGGAACUCAGCAAGGAGGCUGGCCUUUUUGACAUGAUCAUCAUUAACGAUGACUUGGAGGAAGCCUAUACAAAACUGAAAAACAUUCUGGCUGAGGAGAUCGAGAAAGUGCAGGAAUCAAAGAAAACAUGAAAUUCUCCUAGCGGUGGAGAUCCAUUCAACCUUUGGAAUCAUUCCUCAAUGUGUUUCAUUGUGAUUAUUAUUGUGCUGUGUUUUCAGAAAAACACUCGUAAAUCCAUCCAAAUGUAUAAAUUACAUUCCUUUUUAGCUCGCUUCUCCUGUGAAAUCUUCCUCAACACUUUCUAUUAAAGGAGAAAAGUUCCUGUCUGCUUA